AUGACCUCUCAUCAUAAGUUGAAUAUCUAUGUCACACACCUUCACGUUCUCUUCAGCCAGGUAGGCUCGUUCGACGUGACUAUCGACGACGGCAAGAAGGUUUCUGUGUUGAAGGAUGCGAUCAAGGCGAAGAAUACAGUGACGAUCACGUGUGAUGCUAAGGACCUGCGUCUCCUCCUGGCGAAGAAGGGCGCAGGAUGGCUACCAAGUGCGGACCUUGCUGCGAUAGAAGACGGAAAAGCGGUGCCGGGUUUUGAAAAAGUGUCAUUGGUGGAUACAAAGCGUGAGAGAUACUCGACCUAUUCGCUUUGGGAUGUGCUGGAGACGAAUGGAAUGCCACCACCUCAAACGCGGCAAAUUCACGUGCUAAUGGUGGUUCCUCCGCCGAGUGUCGGGUCAAAGCGUUCAGCUGAUGAUGAAAUUGCUGAUGUCCAGAAGCCCGCCGUGGCAGCCAUCAAGUCUAAGACGCUGACCAAGUUCAGACCUUUGUCCGUGCAUGAAGACGAGUUUCGACUCGACAGUCUGUCUAUCACGCAACAGAGUGACGACCCAAUUGUCAUGAUACCUACCUUGCAUGAGUUUUGGGAAGGACUCGGCGACUUCCCCCCGUAUUAUUUCGUUCGGGUUGCGGAAGUGAUGUUUUGA